AUGACCCAUUCAAGUAUCCAGUGUCGAGUAGUAGUGCAUGCAGAGAGCACCUACUUUACUGAAAUGUUCUCAGUGAAAAAGCAAUCCUUCCCCAUUCAACAGAGAAAACAUCUCCUAUAUCAAAAACCAGUAAUCACAAAUCCUUACAAACAACCUGGUACACAACCUCAACGCCAGAAGAUUUUUUAUCCAACACGCAAGAGUGGUUCCUCAUAUCAAAGCUAUCCUGAAAAACCAGUCCAAAAACCAGUUGAUGAACCAGUUCAGGGACCUGAGCAGCAACCAGUCCAAAAACCAGUUCUGAAUACAAGUACACCUGAAAAUCAUGAAAGAAAUUCUGGCUGUGGCAAAACUAAAACACUUUUAUUCGGUAGAAUACCGGCCGAGGUACGCGAUAUUCUAAGCAAUGUCCCUCUGCCAAUAAGAGAAAAUCUAAAGUUUUUGAUAGGACAACAUGAAAAUGGGAUAUGGUGUGCUGAUCUUCCCAAACUCUAUAGGUAA